GCAGCACCUGCAGUAUAGGCUUUGAACAAAAGGCAAGCUUAGACACUGUAAUACCGUUGUGGUGUCUAUAUUCAGAUGAGAACACUAGGCUUUUGCAACCUGUUACACAUCUCAGUCCCCCUAAGCUACAGAGACAGCCAAAACGCCUAGCUAACAUGGAAAACGAAUACAGUCAAAACAUCUACCAGAACAUUGAAGGACAAGGUGAGGUACCGGUACUUUAUGAGUCUAUCGAUGAUAUAGCGCAGACCCAAAAUCAUAACCAAUACGAGAAUAACCCCAUGGCAGAAGACGACACUCCAGCUGAAAGGAAAGCUACGAGUUCUUCCGAGAAAAUUUACGAUGAAGUUGCUGAGGAAGUUCCGGAUUCCACGUCCUCAGCUAGCCCCACUGAAUACAUGGACAUCCGACAAACCCCAGUUGAGAACAGGCUAGCUUCAUUUGAGCAAAGCGUGGACGGGAAAAAUAGCUCAUUAGGUUCAUCCGUAGGCUCGUCUUCCUCUCAUCAAGGUGAUGAAAACGGUCAAGGUGAUCAAGGUGAUGCUGACGAAUAUGACGAAAUAUCAAGCCCAACAGAGGUGGUAGACGACAAUGCCAUGGACGAGAUGCUUAUGGCGUACAGACUGCCGUCCAGUGGCACCACUGCAGCUGAGGAGAUGAGUGACCAGGAGACAACUGGUGACAGCAACAAUAAUAUCGAGGAGAACGACAACUCCGAGCAGGAACAGAUGGCAAUCACACUGUUCGUCAAGGCUGGCAGUGAUGGAGAAAGCAUUGGGAACUGUCCUUUCUCUCAGCGUCUCUUCAUGAUCCUCUGGCUCAAAGGGGUUGUCUUCAAUGUCACCACCAUCGACUUAAAAAGAAAGCCCACAGACCUGCAUAAUCUGGCCCCAGGGACUCAUCCACCUUUCCUGACCUUUAAUGGCGAGGUCAAGACUGACAUCAACAAAAUCGAGGAGUUUCUGGAGGAAGUCCUUGCACCACCAAAGUACCCCAAGCUUGCUGCUAAACAGCGAGAAUCCAACACUGCAGGAAAUGACAUUUUUGCAAAGUUCUCAGCAUUUAUAAAGAACACAAAACCAGAGGCCAAUGAAGCUCUGGAGAAGGCCCUGUCCAAGGCGCUGAGGAAGCUGGACAGUUAUCUGAACACCGUGCUGCCUGAGGAGAUCGACGCAGACAGUGCUGAAGAGAUGAACGUGUCAAAUCGCAAGUUCCUGGAUGGAGACGAGCUGACGCUUGCGGACUGCAAUCUCCUGCCAAAGCUUCAUAUAGUGAAGAUUGUAGCGAAAACGUAUCGCAACUAUGAAAUCCCGUCUGACAUGACAGGAGUGUGGCGAUACCUGCAGAAUGCCUACGCCAGGGAUGAGUUCACCAACACGUGUGCUGCAGACAAGGAGAUUGAGAUGGCAUACAGGGAUGUGGCAAAGAGGCUCUCUAAAUAGAAAACUUGCACCUGAAGGAACAGCUCAAAUCCUAUAUACUGUAGCCUAAUUUUUACAAAUUGGUUGCUGUUGACUUUUUUUCUGGUGGUAUCAGUAUCAACAUUUGCUUGGCUGGGACAAACCCUGUUUCAUUCUUAUCACUGAAAUGAAUAGGAGCCUGGAUUCAGCAGUAUUGCUGCUGUAGUUUGAAACUUUUGUUUGUCUUUAUACAUUAUUUGAUUGCACCUACAUUUCAAUUUAAUAAGGGGUGCCACAUUCAGUAAAUUAUUAUUAUUAUUAUUAUUAUUAUUAUUAUUAUUAUUAUUAUUAUUAUUAUUAUAUGUGUUCCUUUCGAUUUGUAGCAUUCGCGUAAUCUACCAACAAUAUUAACUUCAGUUUAGGAAAAUGACCCCACACCUGUUGGUAAACUCUUAGCUCUCAGUGGGGUGGUUGAGCAGCAGACAGUAGACAGGAUAGCUCAGUAGUUGAGCAAAUGCACAUUAUAUAACGCUGAUUCCUGUCUUGACACCCCUGUACUGCCCUAUUUCUGCCUUCCCAACGCCCAUACAAGCACUGACAAUACAUGCUUUAUUCAUAUAAAUCAAAGGAUAUGGUCUUGAUGAACAGAAAUGGUCUUGAAAGCUUGUGUUGUACAAACUAGUGGGCCAACAAAAGACAUCAACGUUUUUUUUAAAUGUAUUUACAUAUGUCUGAAUCAGUGUGCUUAAGUGAGUAUAAUGCUACAACAAGAACAACAAAAACAUUAUAGCUAAGCAUUCAGUAUAAAAACAAAUCUCCAUUAUCCAUUUUUAAAAA